GCGAGUGGAAGAGCAUCAUGUCGGCCGUGGCUAAGAGCUUCAAGAACGCCUUCCAGGUGCUGACGCCCACGCGCGAGUACGGCGUGGGCGCGCGCGUGACGCGCGGCAUCUGGGCCAAGUACGCGGAGCCCUCGUACUGGGAGGUGGUGCGCAUCCGCCCGUCGCCCGACCUCAAGCACGGCAAAGUCUUCGGCAGAUUCACCUUCCGCGGCAAGACGGACCCCAAGGUGAAGCGCAUCAACGGCGUCUUGAAGAAGGACUGGAGCUUCUUCGAGGCGUAAGCAGAGCGAGCGUCUUGGUGCAAACAGCAGACACAGUUGAUAGAGGAGGACGAAGCCGCUCGGCAGUUUUGCUUUUCGGGAGAUUGGCGUCCGUACGCGGUAAGACUGCAAUACACG